CCCCACUUGCCUACAUGCCCAUUUACACCCACCUGAGGAAAGUACCUGCCUGGCAGGUGCCUAGGCGGAUAGAGGUACUUACUAGGCAGGGUACCUACCCAAGUACCUUAGGUAUCUGGCCAUGACGCGACGUUGACGGUCAUCCUGACUGACCUCCCGUCGUCCCGUACUUUCUUCCCCCAACUCGAUCCCCGCCUUUUGGUCUAUCCGAGCUCAUGAUCGUCCUCAAUGUAGCAGUUCCUCUCUCGACUCACGCCACACUCCUGCUGUUCGCUCUGAUAGAUAUCCAACCAUUGCGCUGUCCUUCUUCAUCCGCCCAUACCUGUCGCGGGCGCCUCUCGGCGGGUAGCCGUCCCUGGGCGGUCACUUCUUUUCUUUCUAUGCACGACCUGGGAGUGCAUCGAUCGAACAAUUCCGCCUUUACCGUCAAACACGAUCGGGCCAUGGCCGCCAGCUACUUUGCGGAAACACGGUGCCUCCAGCAGGACGCCUGCCUGCCUGCAUCAUACGCCCCGCCUCCUCGAUACCACACUGCUACUCUGUUCCACCCACGUUUUUUCUUGUUCCCUGCACCGCGCAUACGUACCACUCCAGAAUUAUACACUACGCAGUAUCCGUACGGAUAUACCGGUAGAGUACAUCUAUUGUCUUGGGGGGCGGGCCUCUCAAAAGGUCUAGCCCAACCGUCCGCCGCCGCCUACCUAUUACCUUCUCAGGCCCUGAAGAGGAAGCAAACAUGCGUUUCUCGGCUUCUAACGUUUAUGGCAUUCCUCCGUCUGCAGAGCAUCCGUCAGGUUUCCCGACACCAGAAUGAAGCCGUUGACUACCACCCCUUCCACUCUUCUCCACAACGAACCGAACCUAGUCCACCUUUCUUAUUGCUUGUCCCGGGUGGACCGGCAUGGUUCGGGCCCCCAAUGGACGGCAGCAGCAGUCUGUUGGCGCAUCGCUGUCUGUGCCUCGAUUGGUAACGAACGGUACGAACACGUAUACCCUGGAUCCUACGCCUCCAACAUACUCCAGGACAGAACUCACACAAGCCUAACCCUGGUUCGGAACCAUCCCCGACUCCGCUACGCCUGGUCCCCUCCAACUGCAGGCUUCAUCCCAUCUUGC